GUCCGUUCGAGCGUGACACAGAAGCGAUAUCAAGCGUAUUCAGCGGCGGGAGCGCGCACCGCUGCGCAGGCACAAGGUUUCAGCACCAAGGGCAGAGACUACACAGAGCAUCGGCGAGCAUCAGGUCAUCAGAGUGAAGAUCCUGGAACCAUGGCUGAACCGGAGAACCUGCGCUUCUAAUGGGCAUUGACCAAACCUGGCCGCCAUUUAGGCAAUCCGCAGCAUACUGACAAUUCGCCUGAAGACGAAAAACAGCAUGGGGAAAAUCAACAGGAGCGAAGAGUCGGUUUUCUGGGACGCUGCAUUCAAUUAACAUUUUAGUUGAAAACGAAACGCAUUUAAAGCAGUCUAAAUUAAGUCUACAUAUUGUUCGACACGGAAUUUCAAUGUAAUUACAUUCCAGUGGUGUUGUUUUCAACCUGGUGUUGUGGCUACUUGGCCCACAGGGAUCAGUUUACCUGGCUAUAGUCCGACGGACGUCGCGACACAUUCCGAAAACUCGUUCUGGUCUUUCCAUUAACCAUAAAAAUGCGUCUUUUUGUCUUAGCUUUUUUCAUCUCUUGUUCUUGUGCCCGGGGUGGCUGCGAGCCGAAAAUCGUUAACAUCGGCGCUGUUCUCAGCCAGAAGAGGUUUGAACAAGUGUUCAAGGACGCGGUCGCCCAGGCAAACAAUAUUUACGGCAAGGAGAAGUUCAAGAUGAACGCAAUUUCUGUAACCCACAAACCCAAUGCCAUACAAAUGGCUCUCUCUGUUUGCGAAGACCUCAUAUCAAACCAGGUGUACGCCAUCCUAGUAAGCCACCCUCCCCAGUCCAACGACCACCUCACCCCGACCCCCGUCUCCUACACGGCCGGAUUCUACCGCAUCCCCGUGGUGGGACUCACCACACGCAUGUCCAUCUACUCUGACAAGAGCAUCCACCUGUCCUUCCUGCGGACGGUGCCACCCUACUCACACCAGGCCCAGGUGUGGUUCGACAUGAUGCGCGAGUUCCAGUGGAACCACAUCAUCCUCAUCGUCAGCGACGACCACGAGGGCCGGGCUGCCCAGAAGAGGCUGGAGACCCUGCUGGAGGAGCGCGAGACCAAGAAUAAAAACAGGAACUAUGAAAACCUCGACCAACAGUCCUAUGACUACAAGCGAGGACCCAAGGCGGAGAAGGUGCUGCUGUUCAGCCAGGACACCAACCUCACAGCGCUGCUGAAGGAGGCCAAGGAGCUUGAGGCACGCGUCUUCGUCCUCUCUGCCAGCGAAGACGAAGCGGCGGAGCUGUACAAGGCGGCGCGCGUGCUCAACAUGACGGGCUCGGGCUACGUGUGGCUGGUCGGGGAGAGGGAGAUGUCUGGUAAAGCUCUGAACGAAGCGCCAGAUGGCUUGCUCGGCCUUCAGCUGAUCAACGGCAAGAACGAGUCGGCGCACAUCUACGACGCCGUGGCCAUCGUGGCGCAGUCCAUCCAGGAGCUCUUUGAGAAAGAGAACAUCACAGAGCCGCCGCGAGGCUGCGUGGGCAACACCAACAUCUGGAAGACCGGCCCGCUCUUCAAACGCGUGCUGAUGCGUCAUCAAAGCGCGGAUGGCUUGAGCGGGCGCAGGAGUUUAACGAUGCCGGGCGACCGUGCGUAAAGCCCACUACACACCAUUAUGAACUACCAGAAGACUCGCCUGGUGCCCGUGGGCGUCUACAAUGGCUCACAAGUGCUGAUGAACACCCAGCGCAAGAUCAUAUGGCCCGGAGGAGAGACCGAGAAACCUCGAGGAUACCAGAUGUCAACCAAACUCAAGAUCGUCACCAUUCACCAGGAGCCGUUCGUCUAUGUGAAGCCAGCCCAAACAGACGGCACCUGCCAGCGAGAGCACACGGUCAACGGGGUCUUAAUCAAGAAGGUCAUCUGCACUGGCCCCAAUGAAACCAUCCCAGGCAGACCUAUCGUGGCGCAAUGCUGCUACGGUUUCUGCAUCGACCUCUUGAUCAAGUUGGCCAUGACUAUGAACUUCACCUACGAAGUCCAUCUCGUGGCUGAUGGAAAGUUUGGCACCCAGGAGCGUGUGAAUAACAGCAAUAAGAAGGAGUGGAAUGGCAUGAUGGGAGAGCUCCUGGGUGGCCUGGCUGACAUGAUCGUCGCGCCGCUCACCAUCAACAACGAGCGUGCGCAGUACAUCGAGUUCUCCAAACCAUUCAAAUACCAAGGGCUCACCAUUCUCGUCAAAAAGGAGAUCCCACGGAGCACGCUGGACUCCUUCAUGCAGCCGUUUCAGAGCACCCUGUGGUUACUGGUGGGUCUGUCGGUCCAUGUUGUGGCGGUGAUGCUCUACCUAUUAGACCGGUUCAGCCCAUUUGGAAGGUUUAAGGUGAAUAGUGAGGAGGAAGAGGAGGAUGCCCUCACCUUGUCCUCUGCUAUGUGGUUCUCCUGGGGAGUGUUACUCAACUCCGGAAUUGGAGAAGGUGCCCCACGGAGCUUUUCAGCGAGGAUCUUAGGUAUGGUGUGGGCAGGCUUUGCCAUGAUUAUCGUAGCAUCCUACACUGCCAAUUUGGCAGCCUUCCUGGUGCUGGAUCGGCCUGAGGAGCGCAUUACCGGCAUCAACGACCCUAGGCUGCGAAACCCAUCAGACAAAUUCAUCUACGCCACAGUGAAGCAGAGCUCUGUGGACAUCUACUUCCGGCGGCAAGUUGAGCUGAGCACCAUGUACCGUCACAUGGAAAAGCACAACUACGAGAGCGCCGCCGAGGCUAUCCAGGCUGUGCGGGACGGCAAACUCCAUGCCUUCAUCUGGGAUUCAGCGGUACUGGAGUUUGAAGCCUCGCAGAAAUGUGACCUGGUUACUACAGGGGAGUUGUUCUUCCGCUCUGGAUUUGGCAUAGGCAUGCGCAAGGAUAGUCCUUGGAAACAAAACGUGUCCCUAGCCAUUCUCAGCUCCCAUGAGAAUGGCUUCAUGGAGGACUUGGAUAAAACCUGGGUGAGAUAUCAGGAGUGUGACUCGAGAAGCAACGCUCCAGCCACGCUCACCUUUGAGAACAUGGCAGGUGUCUUCAUGUUAGUGGCUGGAGGCAUCGUUGCAGGCAUCUUCCUCAUCUUCAUUGAGAUCGCCUACAAGCGGCACAAGGACGCCCGUCGGAAACAGAUGCAGCUGGCGUUUGCAGCAGUGAACGUCUGGAGGAAGAACCUGCAGGAUAGAAAAAGUGGUAGAGCAGAGCCCGACCCCCAAACGAAAGGCUCCUUUAGGUCCGUCAGUACCUCCCUGGCCUCCAACAUCAAGAGACGUAGGUCGUCCAAAGACACGCCCUACCCCACGGAUAUCACAGGACAGCUGAACCUGUCGGACCCCUCCGUCAGCACAGUGGUCUAAAGGGGUGGACAGACACCGAGAGAGAGAGAGAGAGAGAGAUAGAGAGAAAAGAGAGAGACUGGAAGCGUUUUUGGAGAGGAGGGCUCAACAGACCAGAGACGCAGAGCCAGCAUUGCUUCUUCUUCACCUGAGCCACUGAGUCCAAACAUGUGGAGCCAGUCACGCAGCAACAUGACUCACAUACAUAAACACACACACACAUACACAUGCAUGCAUGCACACACAUACAUAAACACACACACACACAUAGACAUGCAAGCAUGCACACACACACAUGCAUUACUAAUUUGUCCACAUAGAGACAUACACACAGCCAUCUAUGUAUACACACACACACACACACACACACUAAUACAUAUAUCUGCUACCUAGAGUGCUGUCCCUGCACAACGAUAGCUUUAUGUUUAUUUUUAUAAUCUUCUACUGGACGCUCUCGUGAUGGACUCUGCACUGAUGAGACGAGACGAGGCGAGACAUCUCAUGACUCUCUCUUCGACUCGCACGUGAUCACACUCAACGUUGUCAAAGAAGAUUUUUUAUUCAUGAGCCAAACCAACUGUAUUUCUUUCUUUCGGCGUGUUCUAGAUGUCAUCCCAUCCUGUGCGCUAGAGUGCUCAUAUGAUUAGCGUGUGGUGAUUGAUGUGUCUCUACCUCCACACACUCUUAAAAGACAUGAACAUGUAGCCGAGCUCACUCAGCAUCUUUUCUAAAUGUCCUUGACGUGUUUUUGUUUGUGAGGCUGUAUAUUGUUACUGCAAAUCACUUGUUUCUCUGUGGACUUUGUACAGUUCCAACAGAGGAGCCCCAGAGUGCGUCUGACUCUGGUUCAGAUCCGGCCCACUUUUGGCACGAAUCCGGCCCAGAGUCACUCGCCGCCAGGGGAGUAGCCUAGCCUUAGCAUGCAACACUGUAAAUACUGAAACCUGUUCCGGGUUGCACACAUGCGUUUUAUAGGACAUAUAGAUUUUCUUCUCACUGCCUUUUUCCAGAAAUAAUAUUAAUGAUAAUAAUAAUAAUGAUAAUUAUAAUCUAGUCUUGUACCGUGUCCCCUGCCUUUAUGGUCAACACUCUGCUGUACUCUCUGAGUUUUAUGUUUUUCAAUUAUUUCCCUUUUUACUGUCUUAACCAAUGGCAGAUUGAGGUUAUGCCUAUAUGAGGAUAAUGUAACUUCAGGACUCUGCACAGUGGACUGUAGCUUUUCACCAGUGCCCAGCUGUAACUGUUAGCACAGAGAGGCUAAACUGAAGCACGCUGACAUUAAUGCAGGAUGUUUCAACCCGUUAGCUUGAGGAGGUUUGAUCCUCCAGGUCCCUUGAAACACCCUGCAGUGAUCUCCGCUUCUAUAUUGAUCAUGUCAAUAUGCAAUCCCCCUCUCCCCUGCUGCACGCUGGCCUACUGGAACACAAGAACACCAAGACGUAAAAGACCUGUGAUUCAACCUCCUUGUGUGGAAUAUUUAUUAGAGCAUAACAUGCAUUAUUCAUUUAUAUGUUAUACUGUAUAUAAUGAACAUGCCAGAUAGCAGUCCCUGUCUUAUUAUGGGAUGUGUAAUUGGUAUUCCUCUACUGGCGUGUGCACAUGCAAUGGCCAAUUAUGUUGUAUAAAUCCUGCUGAAACACUGUCUAGCACUUUUGUCUUAAACAAUCGGUGUGAAGGCUCCACUCGGUAUUGUAUGAGAAGAAGGAAGGAGGACACGGAUCUGUCUAUUAGAAUCUAUUUUAUUAAAUGAGAUUAGACUCCAUUAAUUACGCCACUGUCACACUAUCUCUCUUUCCAAUGUCAGAACUAAUUAUUUUAAUUUGGAUAUCAAAGGGUUUUUUGGUGUGUGUGUGUGUGUGUAUGUGUGUGUGUGUGUGUGUGUGUGUGUGUGUGUGUGUGUUUGUGUUCGUAUUCCAUGUAAGAGAAUACGCUUACUGAAGGUCUAUGGUUGUGAUCACCAGGACUAAAAACGUGUAGCCUGAGAAGGAAAUAAGAUGAACUUUGUACUCCGAGUCCUUUUAAACAGUACCCCGCACACAGCUUAGACUCAAGAGAGUCAUGGCCAAGUACGCAGUGUUCCGUUACUCAACCAUGCAGACCCUCUCAGAGCAACAGCACCCAAACGGGGAGCGAACAGAACUACACAGUAGUAGAAGUGUUCAUCAGGACACAGUGUCAAGAGAGAGAGGAUUGGUGUGCAUCUAGGAAGCACAGCGAUACUACUGACUAGUAGGGCUGCGUGUUGUGGAAGAAAACCAGUUGUUAAAACCAUCUAGACUUGAACAUAAUGUAACAAAUCAUAAGAGCUAGCAUAGACAUAAAUCUAAACUUUUCAAGACUUUUUUGGGGACGUUUCUAAGUAUUUGUAGAGAUUUAAGAUAGCAUAGAAUAAAUAUUGCUAAGCAUCUGUCCUGUUUUAUACCACCAAAUGUGCUUUGAUCGAACCAUUCCUUUCAGAGUGUGACAUUUGUAUUUAAAUUCAGAUCAUUUAAACAGUAUCUCUGAUAUAAAUAAUGUAUUCUGAUAUUCUGACUACUGUGCCAAUAAAAUUAUCACAUGUGAUGAUA